GUGAACCUAGAGGUGAUAGUCAUUGGGAAGGAACUUGUAAGUACUAUGGAAAAUUUUAUCCACGUGCAAAACUACAAACUUUACGUACACAUCUUGCAAAUAGUUGUAAAAAAGUUCCUGAGAAAUGGCGAUGCCAUUUUAAUUAUAUUAUAGUUAAUAAUUUAGAAGAUGUUCCAACUGAUGAGCCUUAUAAUAUACAAAAUAUUACUUCAUCUUUAGUUAAACAGAAAAAAAUCGCCAAGCAACCUGAGUUAACUAAUUGGUUUGAUUCUACAAAAAUGAA